AUGGCCGUAGUCCUCUACGCCAUGCUCGAAUCCGGCGUCUCCCUCUCCGGAAAACACUACGAAAUGAUGUCCGCCGUGGACGGCUCACGGGGCAAAGACGCCUUCAAUCACCAAUUCCGGAAGGUCAAGGCCAGGGCUAAGGAGCUCCAAGACCAGGCGAAAAAGGGUGGUGGUGUAGGCACGCCUGUGAAAGGCAAACCACGCGGUGGUGAUGGGAGCGCUGUGAAAAGUGGCACUGGUGGUGGGAAACGGAAGGGCAAAGCAGAUACGCCCCAAAAGGAAAACGAGGACGAUGACGAGGAUGAGGUCGAGGGGACGCCGAGUAAGAAGACCAAGGUCAAGGCUGAGGUCGAGGAGGCUAUGGCGGCUUUUGAUGGAGAGAGUGAUGACUUUCAGUAA